CAGCUCAUAUCUCCCUCUCGAAUCAACCACCACUAUUAUGUCUGCUCCCAACGCCUCUCUCCAAGUUUCCACCCUCGCCGAAUCUUCCAGUCCACCGUACACCGCAGGUUUAGCCAAGGUGGCGAUGGGCGUCAUAGAGCUGCUUGACGAAAAGGAAGAGAACAGAAAAGACAUCAAGGAACUCUGCGAGAGCACCGCCAAUGUCGUCAUCGUUAUCAACACGCUUGCUAGUAUGCAAGGAGGAAAGGGAAACACGUGUUUUAAGAAUAUUUGCGCUGAGAUGGAAGGCUGCCUUGGCGAUAUAACUCAACAACUGAAAGAUGAUCGGAAGCGGGAAGGUGUUUUUAAUGCCGAUGAGUUCAGAGAUAGUAUUCAAGCUUACAGGAAGCGCAUAGAUGAUCUGAAGAUAGAUUUCUUGAUCCAUGUCACUGGCAACUGCAUGUUGGCGCUUACUGAGGCUACUCGCAUUCCAAGACCUGUAGAUACAGGAGAUUAUCAUUUCCACCUGAGAAUUUCUAAAGUGUCUUUCUUCUUCUUCUCCUUCUUUUUCGUCUUCUUCUUUUUCUUCUGCCAUUCUAAAUAAUGAGUCCAUUGUGUCGGAACAUUUUCUAACCUCAAAUGCAGUGGAGUUCCUACUCAUCAGGCACUCCCAUCCCUCUAAUCCCCUGUCCCUGCUUUCGUGAAUGCCGUUUCUGAAUGAACAAGAAAUGUAAUCACCUGCCGUGCACUUAGUACACCUUCAUGAGAUAGGGAUCUGGAGUUCUUUUCUCUCACUUUACGGUAUCUCUACCCAAUGCUGUAAUGCUAGGUGCCAACCCUCUACAGCGCAUGUCUUCCUAAGCACCCACUCUUAACACCCCCCUUUAGUCACUUGCACAACCGAACGAUAGGUGUAUGGAGAGUGAAGAUCUGGGACGUUUGUGCGAGCAUGCAAGGGGAUACUGGGAAAAAUUUGCGUGCUGUAGUUAACAUACAGCUAAUGAUGAAACGAUAGGCAUCG